AUGGGGCGGCCCGCGGGGUCUCGUCCGAAUGCCGCUGCUCGGCGUGGAGAGAGCACCAUUCCCGCGCGCCUCUGCGCCUUGGCGCUUCUCAGCGUGCUGAUGACGGCGCGCGCGCAGCCCAUGGCGGGGCCGCGGUGCGUGAACCGGUUUCCGGAGAAGCCGCUGUGCAAGUUCGUCGACGACCUCGCCGCGUCGCCACUCACCUUCCUCGACGCGUCGGCCGGCGAGACCAUCAAACUCGGCGCGUACGACGUUUACCAUGUGAGCCUUACGGGGAGGGAGGAGGAGAAGGAGGGUAGGGGGGCGGGUGACGUCAAGUUCCAUCGCGACCUGCCCGACACCAAGGUGUAUGCGUACGGCACCUCUCGCAACUCGGCGAGUUACCCGGGCCCCGUGCUCGUCGCGAAGCGCGGCGUUACCACCAAGGUGAGCGCGGUUUAG